AUGCGAACAGAUCAUGAAGAACUCUGUGGCACCAGUUAUGGAUCUUUUUGUCUAAAUGGAGGGAUUUGUUAUAUGAUUCCUACUGUAUCAAGUCCAUUCUGCAGGUGUAUUGAGAAUUACACAGGAGCCCGUUGUGAGGAAGUUUUGCUGCCCAGCAUCAGAUCUCAAACAAAAGGUGACCUGUUUGCAGCUUUCUUGGCUUCACUUCUUCUUCUAGGAGUUCUUGUAAUUGGAGCAUUCUACUUCCUUUGCAGGAAAGCUUCCCUUCCAAGGACGAGUUCUUCAGAGUGUGGUGGUGCCAGCCUGGUUGAAACUACAAGCAGCAAUGGCUGUAACAGUGAGUAG